CCUAAACAUUGUGACACCCCUUAUUCCUAAAAAAAAUUGAUGUCGGGGAAUUUGGAGAUCAUUAAUUAAUUCAGAAUUUUGAAUGAGACAACACUGCUGGCAGUCGUGGUCAAAUUAGUCCCGUUGUAUGGACGCCAGAAAUUCAAAGUAAACUUAACCAAAAACUUUGAGGAUGACCGAGUAUUCGGGGAAGGUUCGCUUUGGAGCAACCACUUUUUUUGCCAAGAGUCACUCCAUCGAAUCAUGUGGCAGCAAUGGUUUACCUCUAACACCAAACUCGAUCAGCAUUUUAGGAACAGCCCAAAAAUUAAAGACAUUAAAACACCCAUACCUAUGUUCCUACCUGGACAUCAUUCGCGGAAAACAUGAAAGGAUUUCGGUUGUUUGUGAGCUCUUUCCUAGAAAUCUAUCUCAAAUCAUGGCAGGAAACAAAAAAUGGGAGUCAAUAGAAAUUCUGCUGCUUUUGCAUCAAGUGUUGGAGGCUCUUUCAUAUUUGGAAGCAAACGACAUAGUGCACCGAGCCCUAGACCCUGAAAAUAUACUUAUUGGCUGGAGUGGCGAAGUCAAAUUAUUCAAUUAUGGUCUCCAUUACAUGACUGGAUCAGGAAAAUAUGUUACAUUCCCUAUCGGACAACCUCGCUACUUGGCGCCAGAAAUUCUUCUUGCAGGCCCUCAAGGGAUGCCUCUAACUUCAAACAAAGUUGAUAUUUGGUCGCUUGGUAUGAUUGGUGCAGAAUUAGCUCUUGGUGAGGCACCUUCCUCGCCACACUCUGCUGGCGGGAACAUGGUGCAGCUUGGAAGAAGUUUGAGAAGAGUGCUGAGUCUCGUACACUGCGAAGGAUCUGUUUUAGAAAGACUAGCAAGGGAAUCAGGCAAAGAAAUCGCUUAUGAGAAAAUGGAUUCUACUUUAAGAGAACUCUUAGAAUCCUGUCUAUCUGUAGUACCUUCAAAAAGGCCAGCGCCUUCUGAGCUUUUGAAUAGCAGUGUGUUUGACUGCAUUUCUGGCCAGGAGUCGCAGCUCGGUAGCAUCCCUAAAGAAUCAGUGAAGCGAGAUUAUCUAGGAGACCGGAGCUUACAGGAAAUUUUCUACCUGUGGCAGCUUGCAGGUGGAGACGUUCAUGGCGAGCUCCGACGCCAAGGCUUGGUGAGGAGAAGGCCUCCAAUUCUCUCCAUUGGAAACCUUCUCUUGCUGGAAGGUAAGCAUUUUGGAGCCACUCGUGAUCCAGCAACAUUGUACGACCCUAGAGUUGUACCUCUCCCUAUGGAAAGUCUGUACAGUCGGUUGGAAAAUGUUCCACCUGAAAGCUACUUCCCUCUCAUCGAAACUCCUGAAAUAAGCUCCUGGGGACCUAGUGCUGAGACGUGCUGUCUUCCACUGGUGAUAAGAGAAAAAGAUACAGAAUACCAGUUUCAUAGGAUUAUAUUGUUUGAUCGUCUUCUGAAAGCUUGGCCCCAUCAGCACGCUCGAAUGUUGCGAGAGGCAAAGCAGGAUGUUCCUCCUAUGCUUAGAGCUGCAGUGUGGGCAGCAUUAUUAAACGUCAAAGGCGACGUUGAGGGCCAAUACAUUGCUCUAGACAAAGAAACACCAACACCCACAGAUCGACAAAUUGAGGUAGACAUACCUCGCUGCCACCAAUAUGACGAGCUUCUUUCAUCAUCUGUUGGCCACUUGAAAUUCAAAAGAUUGCUAAAGGCGUGGGUGGUUGGACAUCCACAAUACGUUUACUGGCAAGGCAUCGACUCCUUGUGCGCACCCUUCCUUUAUUUGAACUUCAACAAUGAAGCAAGGGCUUAUGCUUGUCUUGCUGCUUUUGUGCCCAAAUAUCUGCAAGGAUUUUUCUUGCAAGACAACUGGGCAGUCGUUCAAGAGUACUUGGCUGUGUUUGCAAGACUCACCGCAUUCCAUGAACCAGUGCUAGCUAUGCACAUGAGGGCGAUUGCUUUUGUGCCGGAGCUGUUUGCAAUUCCAUGGUUCCUUACCAUGUUUUCGCAUGUUUUUCCCCUUCACAAGAUUCUGCCCCUGUGGGACAGGCUUUUGCUCGGUGACUCGUCAUUUCCUCUUUUUAUUGGACUAGCCAUAUUACGACAACUACGCGAUACUCUACUCUCUUCUGGCUUCAACGAGUGCAUCCUCCUGUUCUCAGACCUGCCAGAUAUAGAUAUAGGAAAGUGCACGAGUGACUCGGUUGCGCUAUACUGCGCCACACCGAAAAGUGCUACAUUCAGACAGAACAGUUUGAAAACAGAGAUCCUGGAUACUCCUUUUGACGUUGAAGCGCAAACAAUUGCAGAACUAAAGGCAGAACUUUGUCCAAGAAUAAGUGGGCGAGAUUUCAUUGAGCUGCUUGAGCCAACUAGAGACAAAAACUGCCUUCAAGUCAUUGAUAUUCGCCCAGUUGAUGAAUUUGCCAAGGUGUCUUUCCUCAAAAGCGUCAACAUUCCAUUCGUAGAUGGUGAAAGCGAGCCAGAAUUAGCGCCAGUAAGCAAUUUCAAGGGCAAAAUCACGAUAAUUGUAGGCACAGAUGUAUCACAAGCCGCUAAGUUUGCUGAGAUCCUUCUUGAGAAUGGAAUCCCAAGAGUGUGCAUACUUCAUAACCCAACUUAUGUAAUUAAACACUGCAACAUCAAAUUGCUAGUCCGCCAACAAAAACUUUAGUGAGAUCUACAUGAGAGGUACAUUCACGUAUUGCUGUCAUUCUAUCUUGAUUAAAUCAUUACAAUUCCUAGUA